AGUGUGAGGUUACCAUUCCUCCUGCUCGGUUCCUGAAUGAACUUCAACUGUUUCGGUUUCGCUCACAUCGGUCAUCAUGUUCGCUGCUGUUUCUCUUUUUCACCUUACCUACGGUUGUAUGUGUCAGGUGUAAUUAUGCACAUUGGCCUAUAAAAAAAAGUGCGUGAAGAAAGUAAAAAAAACAAUCGUGCGGAAUCGUGCGACUUUUGGCGUAAAUGCGAUGGAGGCUUUAAUUUGAUGAUGCAUUUUGUGAGUGCACCGACAGAUGGCAGUGGUCGCAAAAUGGCGAGUUCUCGUGUGUUGUUUGUUAUGUCGACUAAAAAUUUGUUAAAUAAUUUUGGACUGGCCAGAUGCAACUUUAUGAUUUUCAGAAGAGAAUACAGUGUCUUUCCUAAGCGUUAUGUUCAGCCAAUAUUUAAGAAAGAUGAGCAGCAAGAAAUGCUUCAAAGCGAGGAAGGAAAGGCAAUCGUCCAUCAAUCGUUUAAACCGGCGUUGACAAGCGAUACGUGCUCUGGAUUUUAUGAUCCCAAGUUGACGAAAUUUACAAAUGUUCUUAUGAGAAAUGGAGAUAAAAUAUUAGCGAAGAAACUGGUAACCUUUGCUCUUGAGAAAGUGAAAAGGAUACAAUUGAAACGUUACCACCAGAGUACAGAUGAGAAUAAAGAAAAGAUUGAAUUAGAUCCUUUUGCAGUUUUUCAUCUUGCUCUUAAUAAUUGCAUGCCAAUUUUGCAUUUGGAGUCAUGCAAAAAGGGUGGAAUUACAUAUCAGGUACCUGUACCGAUUAAAGCCUCAAAAGCACAGCAUAAAGCAAUGAAAUGGUUGAUAGAAUCUGCAAAUGAUAAAACUUCCGAAGAGAGAUUCUACGAUACAUUAGCUAGGGAACUAGUGGCAGCUUCUGACAAUAAGGGUAGAGCAGUGAGACGGAAACUGGAAUUACACAAAAAAUGUCAAGAAAAUCGGGCUUAUGCACACUUUAGAUGGUUGUAGAUAUGAGAGGAUCAGUGAUACGAAGUCUGUUAUCUGAUAGAGGGAUCACAUCGUCAAUAUUGGUUUUCAGAUCCAACCUACGUCCCCAGUAAUCUAUGUAAGACAAUAUCACAUUUCCUUCCUCCAAAUUUAUAUAUAUUAUUCCUACCAAGUUAUUGCACAGGAUUCCGUUGAUGUGUAGAAAUGCUGAUAUUAAAAGUGCUAAAACAA